AUGAAAUGGCCUCCGAAGCCCCAGGUGAGGAUCCUGCCGCCAGGCGCACGCGUCCUGGGAGAAAGUAUACCUCACGAGCGUGUGAAGAAUGUCGUCGUCGCAGAGCAAAGAGGCGUGCGUUGCCAGUAUUCCACUGCCGAAGAUGGGAGGCAACCAGCCCCAAAGUCCUAUGUGGUGAUGCUGAGGAACCGGAUUCAACUGCUUGAGCGUGUCCUUCAGGCUCAUGGUAUUGAUGCGGAUGCUUCGAUUGCUCAGUUGUCGGCUGCCAGUGAUUCUCCAGGACAACCACCUGAUUCUACAGGGACAGCUGCUUCAAAUGUGGACGAUUUAUGCUUGACCUUUGACGGUGCACUGACACUGGACGAGUCUUUGAAUUUUGAUCAAGAUGGAGAAGUCAGAUACUUUGGUCCAUCCAGCGGGCGUUUGCUGUUUCGCUCGCCAGGAAAUGAUUCACCUAGCGAGGAAGCAUGCAAAAUUGAUGCAUACUGUACUGGAUAUUACACUGCGGAUUCAGAAUCCCCCGCAAUUCCAGUGCAAGAACACGAUCCCCAACCUCUCCUUGAAAAGGAUAGUCCAAACGAUAACCUAGUCUCUGAAGAACUUCAGGCACAUCUCAUCGAUCUCUACUUUGAAUGGGAGCAGCCGUGGUUCCAGGUGGUGAAUGAGAAACUUUUCCGGGAGAGUUUGAUAUGUGGCGGACGAUAUUCAAGUCCCUUACUGUUGACUUGCAUUCUCGCUUUGGGAUCAAGAUAUUGCGACCGUCUCGAGGUCCGAUCUGAUCCAUCUGAUUCAAAUACAGCAGGCAAGAGAUUCAUUGAGAGGGCUGAAAAGUUGGUUCAGAAUGAUUUGAGAUGGCCGAAGAUUACGACGAUUCAGUCUCUGGCCAUCAUGGGUUCAGUCUAUAUAGCAAUGGGAUCAGACGCCGCGGGAUGGCUUCACCAAGGAAUGGCCAACCGUCUCGCUCUCGAUAUGGGCUUCAAUAUGGACCCAGCAGUUCUUGCGGGAGCCGUUGCUCUCCCAGCCAUCGAGAUUGAGUUGCGAAGGCAGAUAUACUGGGCUCUAUACUGCCAUGACAAGCUAUCUGCUAGCUAUACAGGACGAGUCUGCACAUUAUUGGUGAGUACCUCUGCCAGAUUUUUCAAGUGUAUCCUGUUUUGGUUCUCAUCUGUUCAAAAGGAGUCUCAAGGCGCAGUGAAAAAGCCUUUCCUACAAUGCGUCUCUGACGUACAUCUCCCAUCUGCCGAUGGGAAUUUACGAGGUGCAUCCCAAAAGAACGUUGUACAAUUACAUAGAGCCAUGAUCGACCUUUGCCGAAUUCUUGAGAAGAUUCUCCUAUCUCUUUGGUCCCCCAAGCCCCUAAUUCACGCCCAUCACCGAUCCGCCUUUUUCGACUCCUGCGUGCUCGAACUCAAAACUUGGUACUACGAUCUACCCUCCGAACUAAAGAUCGAGCGACCAUCGGGUCCAUCACGAUUCGCUCAUGCAUAUAUCCUCUACAUGAACUAUCACACCGCAUUCCUUCUACUCUGUGGCCCCUUCCUCAGCGGCAACCCAUCUCCAAAGAACGAAGAAAACAAAAAGUCCCCUGACCAAAACGACAAAACACCCGAGAACCCAACCGCCCAAAAGGCACUAACCGCCUGCAGCGCCUCAGUACGAUCAAUGAUCGGCAUCGCGCAGAAAUACAGACAAACAUUCGGCAGCUUCAAGCUUAGCCCGAUAACAGCCACGUACUGCACUUUAUCCGCGGCAUUGAUCAUCAUCGAGAAAUGCUGUUCGCUGGAGAACUACGCUAAACCAGCCAGUCUCCCUGAAGAAGGUGCGCGGACGCUAUCGCCUCAUGCGGCGGCUGGCCUGUGUUUCCAGGUUUUGCGGGAACUUUCUACUUCGUGGAAUAUUGCGAAGCGGAUAGGGAGAAAUCUCGAGAAGGUUUACUGUGAUCGCUUUGGACAGCAUAUUCCGUCUCCGCCGUACGAUUAUAAACCGCCGCCGUGUCCGGUUGCAUGUCAGCCUAUGGAUUCUGAUGAGGCGUUGGAAUCGGGUAUCGUUCCUAUGCAGGCGUUUGAUGCGUUCUUCGAUCCGAAGAGCCUUCCGGUUGGGGACCCCCUUGCAAUUUAUCCUGAAAAUCCGGUGGCUGCUUAUGAUAGUGCGUUGGGUCAACCCGCCGUGCCUACGUUUGAUGGAGUGAAUAUGGACGUGCUUCAGAAUCUACCAAAUUCCGCGGAGUUAUUUGCCAGUGGUCAUGGCUUUGCUUUCUCGCCUGACUGCCUGCCGAGUGAUUACAACAUGUUCGAAACUUUGAACCAAAUGUACUUAGAAGAGACGUGGUGA